GAGCGGCGCCGGGGCUGAGCCGGGCGCGCACGGGCCGCCGCAUGUGCGGCGCGGGGAGCGGCUGCGGAGCGCGCGGAGAGCGAGCGCCAGAGGGCCCGUCGGAGCGGCCGCCGGAGCAGCGCCGGAGAUGGGAGAACAGCCUAUCUUCACCACGCGGGCGCACGUCUUCCAGAUCGACCCCAGCACCAAGAAGAACUGGGUGCCUGCAAGCAAGCAGGCGGUCACCGUUUCCUACUUCUACGAUGUCACCAGGAACAGCUAUCGCAUCAUCAGCGUGGAUGGAGCCAAGGUGAUUAUAAACAGCACCAUCACACCCAACAUGACCUUCACCAAGACGUCGCAGAAGUUUGGGCAGUGGGCGGACAGCAGAGCCAACACGGUGUUCGGCCUGGGGUUCUCCUCGGAGCAGCAGCUGACAAAGUUUGCAGAGAAAUUCCAGGAGGUCAAAGAAGCCGCCAGACUAGCCAGAGACAAGUCCCAGGAGAAAACGGAGACUUCGAGCAAUCAUUCCCAAGAAUCUGGGUGUGAAAGCCCGUCUUCUACUCAGGCAUCCAGCGUCAACGGGACGGACGAUGAAAAGGCCUCUCACGUGGGUCCUGCUGACACGCACCUGAAGUCUGAGAACGACAAGCUGAAGAUUGCUUUGACGCAGAGCGCCGCCAACGUGAAGAAGUGGGAGGUGGAGCUGCAGACCCUGCGGGAGAGUAACGCCCGGCUGACGGCGGCGCUUCAGGAGUCGGCCGCCAGCGUGGAGCAGUGGAAGCGCCAGUUCUCCCUGUGCCGCGAGGAGAACGAUCGGCUCCGGAACAAGAUUGACGAGCUGGAAGAGCAGUGCAGCGAGAUAAACAGAGAGAAGGAGAGGAACACACAGCUGAAGCAGAGGAUCGAGGAGCUGGAGUCCGAAGUGCGGGAGAAGGAGACAGAGUUGAAUGACCUCCGCAAACAAAGUGAAAUCAUACCUCAGCUCAUGUCAGAGUGCGAAUACGUCUCUGAGAAGUUAGAGGCGGCAGAGAGAGACAAUCAGAACCUGGAGGGCAAGGUGCGGUCCCUCAAGACGGACAUUGAGGAGAGUAAGUACCGCCAGCGCCACCUGAAGGUGGAGCUCAAGAGCUUCCUGGAGGUGCUGGACGCGAAGAUCGACGGCCUGCACGACUUCCGCCGCGGCCUCUCCAAGCUGGGGACCGACAGCUAGGGGCCGUGGGCCGAGGGCUGGGGCGUCCUCUCGUGUGCGUCGCUCUGUUAGUGCAGGUGUGGUUUGUUGCGCCUCCACACCCGUGGUGCCGUCCACUCUCCCCUCCGGAACACACGCCUCCUCUCGCCUCCCUGACCUCGCGAGGCUGCGGACAUCUGGAAGGUUCUGACUCAGGAAUCCCGCGCUAGGUCUCCCUUAAACGUUUACGUAGUCAGGGCAGGGAUGUUUGUAUCUUUCUUAAGGGCUGUUGCGACCAUACCAACUGAGCAAAGGAUUUUCUAUUACAAAUAGGAACACGCUUUCCACCUCCUUUUUUUGGAAGAACGUUCAGAGCAUUUGAACGUCCACCAGGCACCCGUGCGCGGGGCAUGGGGGUAAUGCCUUCCCUCUCGGUAAGAAUCAAGAUGCUUUAAAGCAGCCGCUUAGUAGAGACUUGUCGAGAGAGCAAACAAGUCUGGGGUGGGCUCACAGGCACUGCCUGCACCCACUCUGCCCCCCUUCCACCCACCCCCAGUUCGUAGGGUUGCGACAGUGUUCCUUUCCUGGGUUUUAACUUCUGAGCAGAUGACUGUGCUGUGGGGACAGCGUGCAGUGAGGGCGCCUAGCACAGUGCCUGGCACAAAGGUGCUUAAUAAAUAUUUGUUUAACUAAACAGAUAAACAGAACUUAGUGUUUUAAUCGACACCCCCCCCCUUCCCAGCCUCCUGCCAGCAGGGUCCAUUAGAUCCUGUUGAACAAUCCUUCCUUUUGCUGAUCUGGGCGAGUAUCAGAUAGGAAUUUGACUCACUGUGUGUGGUCAAGCUUCUGGAUGGGCUCGGGUGGCCCUGGGGCAGGGCAGGUGGCCACGGAAGCGGCAGGAGCUGGUCUGAGGCCCCCCAGUGGUCCAUUCAUGGUGCUCUGUCCCUGGGCCCUUUUGAACUGGGACCACCCUUCUUCUCCAGGCUUGGGAUGUAGGCCAGGACCCUGUGUGGGGAAAGAGCUCGCCCAAGCCCACGAGGGAGAGUCUGCUCAGCCUGGCUGAGCCGUGACCUUAGCAACAGGGGAGCCCUGCCUGCCUCCCUUCCUGCUAAGGGAGGGACCAGAGACAUUCAGCUCUCCUCUCUUACAGAGUUUCUCGGCGGGGCCAGGGACAUCUGGGUGCCCUGCACGUGCCUUGGCUACAGGCAUUUCGAAAUGCCUUUCGGGAUGUUGGAGGCCUUACUUCCUCCUUGCCUCCCUCUGCCUGCUUUGAGAACCACCAAGAGAGCAUCCCCUUCUAGAAAGAGUUUCUAGAACUACCCCCUGGUGAAUCUGGAUAAACAACAAAACAGCCCGAGGAGGCAGUGGGACACACACACGCACGCACACGCCCACACGCGCUCACCCUAUGGUGAGUCCUGCCACCGAGACUGUCUCUGAGCAGAGAGGUCUUAUUUGGGAGGAGGGAAGGCCGGUCGUCUGGAGCACCGAGGCACCUCGGGGCAGUGGGGGAUGGGGGCCUGCAGGCCGAGUGGGGCAGCUUUGCCUGAGCAUGCCGGGCUCGUGGCGCACGGGCAGUGGCAAGUGUGGGCAGCCCUCUCGGUGACAGGAGGUAGGGUGCUGCCAUCCUGCCCUCCCCAGAGCUCCGGAUGGCACAGGACAGUGGGUAGCAGCUCCCUACUGGUCAGGAGACCAGAAAGCCAGGCCGGCCGUGGUUUGGCCCAGCAGUGGCUGAAAGGGGGUUCUUCUCAGGCCAGGUCAGACCACCUGGCUGCAGACUGGACCUGGGGCUGCCUGGGAGCAGCCGGGAUUCCGAGACCUCAGCCUGGAGCCUUCCGAUGCCCAGCACUCCUGCGUGUUAGGUCACUUACUGGUCUGGAAGGGACCCUCUUGACUGACGGGAGCGUGCUCGGGUGACCUGUUCACAGGGAGGUAGAGUUGCCGAAGCCCCUGUGCAUUGCAUCUUGCUGUUGGUAGGAGACGUUGGCAGAAGUUGCACCACGACCGCUGUGUCCCUCCGUGGUCAGGCCCCACGAUCCCUGCCCAGCCAUCCCUGGGGAGUUGGGUGAGGACCCUGAAGGUGGGAGGUGAGGACCCGCGAGUGGCCUCGUGCGUUGCAGCCCAGGAGCUAAGAGCGGGACGGGCUCCUCAGAGGGCGCUGGGUUUAGCAGGGAAAAUACAACAGCCGUACAGAAGCACUAGCCUUGCCCCUCCUUCUGCUUUUCUCGGAAGAUCUCAGUGCUUCCUCACCGACUUUAUUUAAAAAAAAAAAAAAAAAAA